GCGCAGCCCGCCCACGCCGAGGCGGCGGGGCCGGACCGCGCGGCGCGGGCGAGGCAGCCGGCCAGCGGAGCGCGGGCAGGCAGCAGCGCGGCGCCUGCGGGCAGCGAGCAGGAGGCCGGCCUGGCGCACCUGGAGCUUCCGCAGCGUGGAGCCCACGGGCGGCGCGCCGGCGCCGGCCGAGGAGCUCUCGCGCCCGCCACCCCUGGCGCUCCAGCCAUCACCGCGCUGAUGAUCAGCAACCUACCGAUGGCUCUGACUCGGAGUGACUUGCUGGACCUCAUCGACCGGACCGGUUUCGCGGGCCGCUAUGACUCUGCGCGCGUGCCGACAGACUUCGACACUGGGACCGCUAAGGGAAUGUGGGGGGGAGGUGGGAUCUGUUUCGCAUCGGCUGCGGCAGUGUCGCUGCGACGCUGA